UUUUACUAUAGGCAAAAGUCGACUUCAACUUUUAGAUUUUUACCAUCGCACGUUUUGGAGGAAUUCAAGUCAUAAUGGUGGCUCCCAUCGAGGCAAAAAGAUCAAAAAUGAGUUCGCUGGAACAGUUGAAGAAAUUUACCACAAUUGUGGCCGACACCGGUGACUUUGAAAGCAUGAAGCUUUACAAGCCCACCGAUGCCACCACUAAUCCUUCACUCAUUUUAAAUGCCGCCAAAAUGGAACGUUAUCAAAGCAUAGUGGAAAAGGCUGUGGAAUAUGGCCAGAAAGUUGGAGGAUCUGCCCAAGAAAAAGUCGAAGAAGCCAUGGACUAUCUGUGUGUCUUGUUCGGCUGUGAAAUCUUGAAAAUUGUUCCCGGUCGAGUAUCUACUGAGGUGGAUGCCCGUCUUUCCUUUGACACAGAAAAGAGUGUCAAAAAGGCUUUGAAAUUGAUUGGUUUAUAUGCUGAUAUGGGCAUUGCCAAGGAACGCAUUUUGAUCAAGUUGGCUUCCACCUGGGAAGGCAUUCAGGCAGCAAAAAUCUUGGAGUCAGAACACGGUGUAAAAUGCAAUUUAACAUUGUUGUUCUCUUUCGCCCAAGCUGUGGCAUGUGCUGAGGCCAAGGUCACCUUGAUUUCACCAUUUGUUGGCCGUAUUCUCGAUUGGUAUGUGGCCAAUACUGAUAAGAAACAAUACGAAGCCAAGGAGGAUCCUGGUGUGGUUUCUGUCACAAAAAUCUACAACUAUUAUAAGAAGUUUGGCUAUCCAACUGUUGUAAUGGGUGCUUCCUUCAGAAACACUGGGGAAAUUAAGGCCUUGGCCGGUUGUGAUCUAUUGACAAUUGGACCUUCUCUACUCAAACAAUUGGAAAACGAUAACGAAGAAAUUGUUCCCCAGUUGAAUGCCGAAAAGGCAGCUGCCACAGAUCUUCAAAAGAUCAGCAUGGAUGAGCCCACUUUCAGAUGGAUGCUAAAUGAAGAUGCCAUGGCCACGGAUAAACUUUCCGAAGGUAUUCGUAAAUUUGCUGUUGACACUGUGGCAUUGGAAAAUCUCAUUAGCCAGCGUUUGGCUUAAAUCUUAAAGGAUAAAGGGUCUCCAUAUCUCCAUUUUUGAAAUUCCAAUUUUGUUUCGAUUUUAUAUUCGUAUAAAUAAAAGUUUUGUAUAAACAUUUUUUGUAAGAUUUAAACAAA